AUGUCUUUCCCCCAGGAUCCUCGCCGCCGUCGUGGUGGUGCUGGUGCUGGGUUCAGCUCGACGGGGCGCCGAACUGCUAUGGGCUACUGGAUUCCUCUCGCGCUUACCGUUGGUGUUGCGACAUUGAGCGUUGCCGCCUGGAUAUGGAACGUGGACGGAAGUCCCGGAGAUACCCCAUAUGAUCCCACCUUCAUGGGUCGCAUGCAGGGUGCUUUGCGCCGAACUCCCAGCCCCCAGCAGAUUUUUGACGGCGCAAGCCGAAAAGUCGCAGCUGGUGUGACAGCUGCCGGUGCUUUCGUUGGAAAUGCGCUCACGUCCAUCCGCGAGGAAAACCGUGGCGACUUUGAAGAUCACUCGCGAUGGUCCGAAGAGGCUCAGUCUCGCGCCAUUGGUGGUCAGCAGACUCCAACAAUGAGUGGUGCGCUGCCAAAUCGUGGACCUGUCUCUGGCCAGCACCCCGUCGACAAGAAGAAAAAGACGGUUGUCAUUGUCGUAUCAUCUCUCUCCCCUGCUGAUUCAGAUGAGUUUGCCUCGGAGCACGCCUCUAUUUUAUCCCAUCUACCAGAACAUGUUGAUCUGGAUACGUCUCGGAUCUUUGUUCUGAUCUACGCCCCUGAAGUGAAGCAUGCGAUUGGCCAAGGCAGCUCAUCGCGUGCCACCCAAUCUAUCGCGUCGUCUUAUUCGAACAUUGCCACGGAAGAGGCGAACUCAUCCGGUGAAUUGCCAAGCAGGGACCUCCAAGCCCUAGAGCCUCGCCAAGAUGACGACUUUGAGAGUCACAGCCCCUUCUUCAAGACUCUGUACACUCAGGCCCAAGCACUUGUUGAAAAGGAGAACAUGAUCAUGCCUUUCAGCACGGCAACCGGUUAUGUGCACCUUGUGCGCCACCUUGCCCCCGAUCUCGUCUAUGUCCAGGAGUCUCUCACUGGCAACGAAGGCGAGGGCGAGGCUGUCCAGCACAUCUCCGGAUGGGUCCGACAGGUCGUUGUUGUCGUUGGCGAUGAGGGCGGCCGAGGCGGACUCAUCGACAGUGAUGACGAGUCCGCUCUUGCCGAUAAGGGAGAGCGCUGGUGGCAAAAGGACGGCACAACUGGCAUUGGAAAGCGCAUUGAUGUCGUUGACGUUCUCCGUGUUGGUGACGACUGGCGACGCCGGGUCAGCGGCUUGGACUAG